GCCCUUCCCAUUCUACACAAUAUAUCUACACAUCGUUACUUUUUUAAUUCCCUUCAUGGCUUCCAACACCAAACUCAUUGCCACCAUUUUGCUCCUCUCUAUCCUUUCUUACUCCACAUUCACUGGGGCUAAUUGCCCACCAUCCCCAAAGCCCACACCACCGAGCCCAAAGCCCACCCCACCAAGCCCAAAGCCCACCCCACCAACCCCAAAGCCCACCCCACCAAGCCCAAAGCCCACUCCACCAAGCCCAAAGCCCACACCCUCACCCUCACCCUCACCACCUUCUCAAUCAAAGUGCCCCAAGGACACCUUAAAGCUAGGUGCUUGUGCUGACCUCUUAGGGCUUGUGAACAUUAUUAUUGGAACUCCUCCUUCAAGCAAAUGUUGCGCCUUGAUCAAAGGUUUGGCUGAUUUGGAAGCAGCACUUUGCCUUUGCACUGCGAUUAAGGCCAAUGUGCUUGGAAUCAACUUGAACGUUCCUGUCACCCUCAGCUUGAUCCUUAGUGCUUGCCAGAAAACUGUUCCUACUGGUUUCCAAUGUCCCUAGGAUUCAAAUUAGGUCAGGGAGAUGUUUAAAUAUGCACUUAAAUCAUGGUUUGAUGGAGUGCCUAUGUAACCAUUUCUUUGGCAAUAGUUGUUUCAUUUUCUCUGUUGUGUUUUCGUAUAUUAUAUAUUGUUCUUGUUUUUACUUCGGGGGAUUAUUGAGUUGUUAAUUAAUGCUAUAGUGUGUCUGAGUAAUUAAUGUUGAAUCGUGCUUUGUUAAAUUAUUAAUUAGCUAGGCAAGCUUGUUUGCCUUGAUUCGUCUCCUUGCUUGUUCAUUUCUGUAUAAUAUAUAUCAUGAAUUAUUGUCUUGUCAUUAUGUCCA